ACAGUGUACUGGGAUGUGAGGUGUUGUGAUCAGUGUUUGCUUUUUGUUUAAUUGCAACCAGAGGAUAUGUAUAAUUCUCACCUUUUUAAAAAAGAUAGGGAAAUUAAGAACGGGUCUUGCUCCUACAGCCGUGGACUGAGAUUAAAAUGCCUCGUGCGGUCAUUUUGCUUCUAAAGAUAAAACAGAGUUUCCAAUCCAGCUGCUUUGCAGCAGCUUCAUGUGGGUUGAAAAGAUCCUCGUAUGAAACUCGCAGCUGGGGAGUCAGGGAGUUUGCGAAAAGUUGUGAACAUUUAGAAAAGGGAAAUAGUAAUAAAUGUGAAGCGUUUAAUUAUCAGGAACUUCUACAAGCAGAACUAAAAUAUUACAAGUCAAAGUCACACAAGUAUCAUAAAUCGGAAGAUAGGAUUAAAAGGAGGUUAGAAUCAAUUUGUGACAAGUAUGCCUCCAAUAAUAAUAAACAUGUGAUGCGUGUGGAUGACACUGAGUACUUUGAAGAUGAUGGCUGCAUUUAUAGAAAAUUUCAGAACGGUCCUCCUGAAGUUGUUCUCUGCCUGGAUCAGCUACAGUUUGUUCAAACAAAAGAUGCUCAAUUUCAGCGCAUCAGAGUCUCACCAAAUCAGAAGUAUUUGGCUUCAAGCAUAUGUACGAUAUCAGAUGAACCCAGUUGUGUUGUGGUAAAGCUUGAUUCAGAGCCGGUGGUGGCACACGUUUUGCCAAAAGCAUUUAGUUUUGAAUGGGCCACAGAUAACUGCUUGUUCUACACCAUUUUGGAGAAGCUUCAAUCGCAACAAGUUUUCAGGCUUCUGCUGGGAGACCAGAGAGCAACAUCUGAAAUGGUUUACAAAGAGAAUGAUAUCAGGUCUUUUGUGGAGCUAACCUGUAGCAAGGAUGGAAAAUUCAUCACCAUCAACAGCAACAGUAAGAAUAGUUCGGAGGUCUGGUUAAUUGAUCGAAUGCAUCCACUGGAGUUGGCCAGGGUUGUGCAAGAGCGACUUCCUGAUCUCAUUUAUCAUGUGGAACACUGGAAAAACCAGUUAUAUAUUCUGACCAAUUUUGGUGCCUCAAAAGAGUAUGGACUGAUGAAAGCUCCAAUUUCUUCGUCUGGAAUGCAGAAUUGGAAGACUGUUUAUGCAGUCAAAGACAAACAUAAACUAAUCGAUAUGGAGCUGAUCAAUGAUCAUUGCAUAAUGAUACUGAAGUGUUAUGGUCACUUAUAUUUGCAUGUCUUUUCUCUCAAAGAGCCAGGAGCUGUUAAGUCCAUCCCGCUCCCAGCCUGGGCUUGUGCUAUUGAGUGUGAAGCUUGCGUGGAAAAUAAGGCAAACGUAAUUUGUUUUCAGUUAUCCUCUCCAGUGCAGCCCCCAGUGAGUUUUCAGUAUUCGCUGGUUGAAGAUGAGCUCUAUAUUCAUGAUGAAGCUUGGCUAGAUGAUACCAAGGACUAUAUAGUGACUCGCUUAAAAGCACAAAGUAUGGAUGGAACGUUGGUACCCAUAUCAGUUUUUCAUAAAACGGUGUUAAGUCAAAUGAAUGAAAAACCUUUGUUGGUCCAUGUCUAUGGGGCUUAUGGUAUGGACUUGAAUGUUGACUUUAAGCCAGAACAGUUAAUGUUAUUGGAAGAUGGCUGGAUUUUAGCAUAUUGCCAUGUAAGAGGUGGUGGUGAGUUGGGUUUAAACUGGCACAAAGCUGGUCGGUUAGAUAAGAAGCACAUUGGCAUAGAAGACUUGCAGGCUUGUCUGUGCUGCUUGCACACGAUGGGAUAUUCCAACCCGAGGCAGACAGCACUCACAGCAAGUAGUGCAGGUGGACUCCUUGUUGGAAGCUUGUGCAACACAUCACCUGAUUACAUCAGAGCUGUUGUUUUACGAGCCCCUUUCCUUGAUGUUCUCAACACCAUGCUGGACUCUUCAUUACCACUCACCAAUGAAGAUCAAGAAGAAUGGGGAAACCCUCUGUCUGACCAAAGACUUUUCAAGUACAUUCAAGCUUAUUGUCCAUAUCAGAAUAUUAAGCCACAGGAAUUCUGCAGAUGCUGGAAAUUCAAGCAACAUACAUCAAAGUUGCUGGUGAACGCAGCAGGCCAAGCAGCAUCUAUAGGAAGAGGCGCAGUCGACGUUUCAGGCCGAGACCCUUCGUCAGGACUAACUGAAGGAAGAAAUUAUCCCUCUGUAUUCAUCACAGCUUACCAAGGUGAUCAGCGUGUACCACUGUCUGGCUUGUUAAAAUAUACAAACAAACUACGAAAUGCUGUGGCCGAUAAUAAGUGUAUUACAACAGACAAAGGUGAAUCACCGAGCAUCAUUUUGGAUAUCCGACCUGGAGAUGAUCAUUUUGGUCCAUCCAACUGGGAACAAUCAUUGCACGAAGUUGCCAGACAUUACGCAUUUCUAUAUAAGGAGCUGGAACUUGAUCCAUAGGCAAUUUGUAAUUGAGUAUUUUCUUUGUAGUGCAUACGGUCGGAGACAUAAACAAGAUAUGAGAUGACUGAUUACCUUUUCUGGAUUUUGAGUUUAUUUUUGUUAUUAGUAAUUGUUUAAUGCACAUUGAAUUGGUAUAUAGUUUACGUAGUAUAGUUUAAAUUUAUAACUUAAUUUUCAUUUGUUUUAUCUGAGAUUUGAAGUAAAACAUGAAGACAAUAUUGAUGCCUUUUAUUCACUCCUGUGUGCCAUCUCUUGUGUCCUUUCAUUCCAAGAUGACUUUUGUUACAUUUCCUUCAUGAAAAUUGUUUAAAUACAUUUCUGUAAUAAAUUGAAGAGCCUUCUGUAAAUAUUACCCAAGUUCUGUGCUGUCAUCUUUGGCAGUUUUUUUAUCUGUCAUCACACAUCUGAUUGAUGAUGUGCUUGCACAUUUA